CGUGAUCGUUCCCAUGAUGCCUCGGUGCAGGCUCAGCUGUGUGGCAAGCUGCUCGCGCGCUCUCCUCUAGCGCUCUGUUCCCUAAUGAACACUUAGCAGCGUUUAAAGGAAAUGAAAUCCGCUUAAAAUAUGUGUCUCAGGCAGCAUUAGAAAGAACUUAAAAGAAGACAUGAUCGCAACACAGCUCGCUGACUCUGCUCUAGAGGCCAAAAAUGUUAAACAGUGGAUCAAGGAAAAGAUAGCCCAGACACUGAAGGUGUUGCAGAAGCGCUAUGUGACCACCGAUGCACCGGUGACCAGCGAGGACUCUGAGGCCAACCUGCUCUGCUGUGCCCUGGAAGCCGUCUUCAUACAUGGCCUCCGGAGUAAACACAUCCGCACAGAUGGCGCAGGAGCACGCAACCGCAAGGGAAACUCGCUUCCUCAGCCCAUCUUCUGGAAUCUGCUUAAAACCAUCACUCACAGAGAUGUGAUUCUGGAGAUAGAGGGCUUGAGCUUCAUCAACUCAGACGUAGGCCGUUGCAGGGCAUGGAUGCGCUUGGCACUGAAUGAUGGACUAUUGGAGUGCUACCUUUUUUCAUUAUUUCGUGAGAGCACCAACCUGGGAGCACACUACCAGCCCGGUGCAUUGCUUCUCGACACUGAGGAGCGUGAGGUGCUGCUCAGCCUUCUGCAGGGCCUGGCCUCACUCUCUUUCCAGCUUUCCUACAAAUCCGCAGUGCUGAACGAGUGGACCACUACACCCCUGGCACUCGCCGGUCUCUGUCCGCCACUGUCUACUGACGAUGACCCGCAGCCUCCUUCGUCACGUAGAGAAUCCUGGGAUACAGCAUCACAGUCAUCUGGAUCUGGAGGUUCAGGAAGAGGUCAGGAGGACAGGACGCCGUCAGACCUCAGCCUGGACACCGUUGGCUCUAGCCAUCUUUCUUCCAGCUUUGGUUCGGAGAGAGAGAGCUGGAACUGCCACGUGGAGAAUAAGAGCACACAUGAAGACUCCUCUAGUCAGGAUAUAAAAGACCUAGAUCUGCCUAGCCCUGCUUCAGACAGCGUGAUCGAGUUCUCCACUCACAGCAGCAGUGACGAAGACUCCUCUAACAAACAGGAUAUACUCCAAAUGCUUGAACCUCCUACAGAUUCAUCUGACCCUGGUUGUUACUCGGUUGUUUUGGAGCAAGCACCAUUAGGAGAGGAAUUUUUAAAGCUUGCGAAUGGACUUGUAAAUAUGAAGCAAAAAGAUACUGAGUCUUUCAUAGUAGAAGAUCAGAAGCAAGAUGAAGGCUCUCCUGACAUUCCCUUAGAUACCUCCACUCCUAUGUUAACCUGUCAGGAUCUGACUUCUGAAUCAUUGCCUCCCAACACUCUCGAUCCAUCGAUUUCCAGAGAAGCCGAGUUCGUAAACAAUUUAGAGCCUGCUUCUGUCCAUCAUACUGCUCUAAGCAGUAAAAUAUCCACAGGCUCUGUCUGUUCUCACCAUAAGUCCAGGUCCUGGAUCUCGGAUGAGGAUAUUUAUAAGCCAGAUACGUAUGCAAGUGGUGGUUCUGAAGAGCUUGAAGAUGUCGAAUCCACUCAGAUUAAUGGCACGCCAUCUCCCGUUACUGAACCCGAAUCAAUGACAUCUCCACCUAGUGUCGUUCGUCGUAGACAGAUCGGCUUGUCAAACCCCUUUCGAGGUCUUCUAAAGCUCGGCCAGCUGGAACGGCGAGGCCCUGUGGGUCUGUGGCGUGCCUGCCACUGCGAGUUGUCACCAUUUGAGCUGCGCCUAUAUUCUGAUGACGAAGAGCGUAACAUCUGUGAAAACCGCUCUCUGUUGCGUUGUGAGGAUGUGCACCUCGGCUCGGAUGGCCGCUUCCAUCUCGAAUUCGCCGGAAAGAAGCUCCAGCUGCGAGCACCGAGCAAGCCCGAGGCCGAGGACUGGGUGGAGCGCAUUUUAGAAGCUGUGAGCAAUGUGCGGCAUGACCCGCGCGAAGAAUGGGAUGACCUCUCGCCUUCCAUAAUGCCUGUCUCUAGACCCCCUGAGACAUCUAAUCUGCCUGAGACCGACUGGAACAGGCCCUGUGAGGCAGAACCUGAUGCCAUAAAGGAGGCGGUGGUGCUCCUGAGCCGGGAGGAGCAAAGUUGGUGUUCGAUGGUGCUCUGUCUCUCCCUGGAGGCGCUUCAAGGCUUUUCUGUGGAAAACGGGUGUAAAACACAGCUUUUCUCUUAUGGCAUUGACGCAGUGAGGGAUGUGGUCCCUGCAGCAGCACUUGGCAGCCCUGCGUUUUUUAAGGUGCUGACGGCAAAGGGGACGCUGACCGUGCGGGCCGAGUGUGACGAGGAGGCUCGUACCUGGAGGAGUCUCAUUCGAUGGGCGUUGGAUUCUUACCUGGAGGAGGAGAAUGAGACAGGAGGUGAAAUGACAUCACUGAGUGGCAACAUCCAAAGACUUGUUCACCACAGGUUGAAGGGGGAUGCGGUGCUGCUGCCCUAUCUGACAUCUGUCCCUAAAGAAAAAGGGCUAAAUGCACAGAGCUUCAAAUGUGCAGGCUGUUCCAGGCAGAUUGGAGUAUCUUUGGGACGAGCGAGGCUGUGCGAGUUCUCGGGUCAGUACUAUUGCGAGUCCUGUCACCAAGGUGACACCAGCAUCAUCCCCUCUCGAAUGGUUCACAACUGGGAUCUUACUGCCCGCGAGGUCUCCAGGCAAGCAUUAAAGCUGCUGACUGACAUUGAGCACGAGCCAUUGAUGAAUCUUGACCUUUUGAACUCUGACCUGUUUGAUCACACUGAAACCAUGGCAACAGUGCAGUGCUUAAGGCAGCGACUCCGCCUACUUGGGGAUUAUCUCCUAAUUUGUCGGAGUGGAAUCCGGAAAAAAGUCGAGGCUAGGUUGCAACAGAGAACCUACUUAUUGGAAUCAAGUGAUCUAUAUAGUGUGCUGGAUCUCAGGCAGAUAGCGGACAGCCAGUACGAGUCCUUCCUGCAGUCUCUCAUCCAGUUUGCGUGCAAUCAUGUGCAUCAUUGUGACCUCUGCACUCAGCGAGGCUUCAUCUGCCAGAUCUGCAACGCAGACGACAUCAUUUUUCCUUUUCAGUUUGACACCACCUCCAGGUGUAAGGUGUGCAAAACAGUUUUCCACUCCUCCUGUAAAGCCCAGUGUGUUACUUGUCCUCGCUGUGAACGACUACAGAGAUAUAAGGAGAGAGAAUUUCUUAAAUAAAUCAUGCGUCUGUUUUCCCAUACCACCAUCUCCAGCGUAGCUGACACAGUGGCACCAGAUGUUUCUCACGACCACCACUAGUGGGACACAGUCACUGCAGAGCUCAGUCAGUUCAUGAAAUCUAAUGUUAAUAUAUUUAUUUACAAUGCCAUAAGUGCACUUAAUUUGUAUAUGUGUAUGUAUAGACUGAACAUACACACCAUGCUUGUAUAUUGUCAGACAAACAGUAUGAGAGUACUAAACUUGCACUAACUGAGAAACCAGUAACAUCUGAGAGUGGUCUGAGAUGACCCUUUCCAGGAUAGGCGUUUUUAUUUUUCAAUUUUUGUCUUCAUCUCCGUAACCUAGAGACGUACAUGCUUCUUCGAGAAUCAUACUCUACAUCUCUUGUAAAAAAGGCACUUUCCACUUUCGGGGUUAUAUUGUUGGCGCUUAUGCUGCUUCUUCUUUAUCCCCCUAAUUAACACAGGAAGCCGUGUUUUGCCAAGGAUCACAUGACCCCUGUUUUUAUUUGGCUACACUUCUACUUUUAUGUGUUUUGCAAAGCAUGGUUUUAUUAUAGGAAUAUAUCUUAAUGACGAUGUUCCUAUUGGAAAUGAAGGUCUGUUCACGUAUGACAGCAACUUUGUAGCUUUCUACUUUUAUCUACAUUAAUUUAUACAAAAAGUUCCCAAAAUUUAUAUUUUAAUGUUUGUUUUUCUGUUCUUAUUGCUUAAUUUUAUUCAUGUUGAUUGUACUUUUUUUUAACUCGUUCUGCCAAAAACUUUAUUAUUAUAUGAAUGUUAACACUUAAAUAACAGUCAUUGUUUUUGCAAGUAUGUUUUUAUUUGUACUGGGAAAAAAUUAAAAGGUGAUUACUUAUUUAAUGCAGUAUUUAAUGUUUCACCCUCAUGUAGAACUAGCUGAGUCUAAACCUUGAAUAGGUUUAAUCGAUUCAGUGCAACAGAGGUUUAAAAAGUCAUUAGUUCCAUGUAGCACACUGCAUUAGAAGUAUAGAGCUAUUCUAGACUGCAUCUGUUUUUGCUUGUUCUGCACGUCAACUUGAUUACUGUUUACAUGAAUGUUAUUUGCACAAGCUAAUGAUCAGUUGCCUGUUUAAUGAUGAUUCUGUGUUUUCCUGUUGGUUUAUGGUCACAUGUUUGCCAUUGCAUCACAACCAUGUCUGGGCAUUUUGAGAUAAAGAUAAUGUUGGCCUUUUUUUUUCCCCCUUUUUUCCCUCCCUUCUCCUCUCGAUCAUGUGACUGACUUGGCUGUUAGUGUAAUUAGCAUUGUUGUUUGGCUCACAUGAAUGUCGUAAACCUUACAGAACACUCUGGACACUUCUAGAAAUUAAUUUUACGUUUAUCUUUACAAAAGUUUUCAGCAUAAUUAUGCCGGGUAAUGAAGGGCCCUGCUUUCAGGAAGCAGUAUCCGAGGCAAUGCAUCUUGCACAUAUAGCACUUUUCCUCUGGCUUUUAAUUUCUCAGCUAUUCUACUGGUGCUUUUUCAUACCCAUUGCCUUAUUUCCUCAUGAUUGAUUGAUGUAUAUAAGAGUGAAGUGAUUUAUUUCUUCUUAGUACUUUUUUUGUUUGUUUCCUUCUAUUUAACAUUAAAUGCUUUGACUUGGA